AUGCUGGUCGAGGUACGUUGGCUGACCCUUUUUGAAACCCCCUUCGCCUCCGGGCGGCGGCAUCGGCCUCGGCCGUCUGCAGUUGCUGGUUGGCUUUGCACUCCCCCCCAAUGCCCAUGUGCUCUUCUUCACACCCUUCAUGGUGCCCCGUGGGCCCGGUCUCCUCGCUGGCCAGCAUGCUGGUUAGAAUGGACGGAGAUGGCAGGACAAGGCAGUCGCGCGGAGCAGCCGAGAGCUGGUGCGAAGGAGAAAGAUCGCGGGGCGGGAUCGACUUGGGACGAACGAGGACGAGAGCGACGGGCGGCAGACACACAGCAGACACACAGCAGACACACCCGCACCCGAGCGAACGAGCCAGAGCGAGCGUUGGAGCCGUCGUUGUUGACUGUCGGCCGCAAAGGGCCUGUCAAUUGGGCACUCCGCCUGCUCGACAGCCGGCCGACGGCGCCUUUCGAUGCCUGCCUCGAAGAGAACAGCCUGCCUGCUCGUAGGAAAGUUAAGGUCGUCACCGAGCAGCAUAUCAUUGACAAGCCGUCCCCAGUAGCCGACUUUCCUAUGCGAGAAUGGAGCUUGAAAUUACACCUGUUGGAUGAAGAAGGCAACGAGAGGCCUGCCGAUGUGUUCACCAAGGUUGUCUACAACCUACAUCCCACCUUUGAAAACCCCACUCAAACCUUUAUGAAGCCUCCAUUUCUCUGCAGCAACGAAGGCUGGGGCGAAUUCGAAAUCAGCAUCGACUGCUACACAACCGAAAAGACGAAACUGGCGCCCAUCAUCCAUGACCUGAACUUUCAAGAGGAGAAAUAUGAGGCAACCCAUACAGUCACCUUCAAGAACCCGUCGCAAGUUCUGCAGGAACGCCUGCGCGAAACUGGUCCUCUGCCCAACGACGACGAUCGCCAAAAGAAGAAGGCUGUUGCCGGCAAGAAGGGCGGGCAAAAGUACGACUACGAGAAGAUUGCCGAGGCACUGGAAAAACUCGAGGAGGAGGACCUGCUGCGCGUCAUUCAACUGAUCAACGAAAACAAAGGUCCGGAUACCUAUAUACGGAGUGAUGUGGAAGUCGACAACCUUGCUGAAGCCGGGGAGUUCUCAAUUGACCUCUAUACCAUGCCGGAUAUGCUGACGACGAAACUGUGGGAGCACUUGUCGAAGAAGGGAUUGGUCAACUAA